AUGUUGCAGCACGUGACUGAUUUGUCUGGACGUGAAACACUUGUUCCUAUCACUGGUGGGAUGAAGGUGAAAGCCGACAGAGAUGAGUCCUCACCUUACGCUGCUAUGCUUGCUGCCCAAGAUGUAGCUCAGCGUUGCAAGGAACUUGGAAUCACUGCGAUGCAUGUGAAGCUUCGUGCCACUGGUGGUAACAAAACCAAGACCCCUGGUCCUGGUGCUCAGUCUGCUCUCAGAGCCCUUGCCCGUUCUGGCAUGAAAAUUGGUCGCAUUGAGGAUGUGACUCCAAUCCCAACCGACAGUACUCGCAGAAAGGGUGGAAUAAGAGGAAGGAGGCUUUGCUUUAUUUUUUGGCUUCAGCUGGAAGAUCCCUUUAUGGAGUCAUCUCUCUGUUUAGCUCUCUAUCUGCUUCAUUUAUGCGUUGUUGUUGUGAACUCGGAACAGAUUUGUUCUCCUGUUAUAUGA